GCAAUCUUCUCAGAUGUUCAACUGGACCACAUUUCUCGCCCUGAUCUUGGUGUUGGUAUUCUUGUCAUUCUGUAAUGCAGAGCCCAUCAGUAAAGCCGAACUCGAGCGCAUCUUCCGUUCGAACCCAACAGCUUUGGCUCGAUUCCAAGAAAUGUUCGGCGGGGACGGGAUGGGCAUAGAUUCAGGACGGCUAUCAAAUUUGCAACGACUUGGCUAGACUUCCGCUGAAAAAAUAUGCUUGUUAUAGAGAUAAUCAGACUGUUGUGCCAAUAUCUUGCCCUGUGAAAUAAAAUCUAUCUCACCGUAGAACUUUCUACUGAAUUAGCUGGUGAACUCUAACUGAUAUAGGCUUAUCAGAAGUAUGUGUAUAUUGCUUGUGUGCCGCUAAUUCUCUUCCUUUCAUCAGUUACUUUAUGAGCUCUUGGGUAGCAGUUUGUAAAGAUUCAC